AUGGAAGACUUUGUGUCAAUUGCCGACGAGGAGAACGUUGUUGCAUUCACGAUGUCGAACCACGACGUGUUGAGGCAACUGGGGGAGUUUGGCCCGUACCAGAAAUGGCUGUACCUACUUCUGUGCCUACCAGCAAUACCACAGUCUCUCCAGGUCAUACAGACAGCAGUGUUUCUGUUUGCAGUUCCUGAACAUAGGUGUGCUAUUCCAGGAUUUGCCAAUGACACCUACAAAGUUCAGAAUGACCUUCACGAACAACUCGUAAACCGCUCCAUUCCCAUGACAUAUGGAUACUAUGGUGACGAAAAGUAUUCCCAGUGCCAACUGUAUCGACAAACCAAUACCUCCAAUGUGUGGUCGUCCACAAGAAAUAUCACAGAACCCUGUAAUGCCUGGGUGUACGAUCAAUCACAGUUUAUAUCCACAGUUUCAGAGACGAUGGGUUUUGUUUGCGAGAAGAAGUCCUACGUGAGUCAUGCCAGAAUGCUGGGUAUGUUUGGGCAUUUGGUUGGAGGUCUCAUCAACGGACCAUUGGCAGACAUGUUUGGAAGACGACCAAAUAUAAUCUGCAACAUGUUCAUGCUGGUGCUGCUCAGUAUCUGUCUGGUGUGGUCGAACUCAGCCCCUGUGGUCCUCUUCCUUGAUUUCGCGAUCCACAUCUGUUGCAUUGGCCAGUAUCUCGUGUGCUUCGUAUUUGGCAUGGAGAUAGUCGGUCCCUCUAAGCGUAUGUGGGCAGGUGUUGCCAUGAACCUCUUCUGGAGCGCGGGGAACAUGGUCACAGCACUUUCGGCAUAUCUCUUCAGGGACUGGAGGACUCGACAGCUGAUUGUCAGUGUCCCGGCAGUUGUCUUUGCUUAUUUAUAUUUUAUCCCAGAGUCUCCAAGAUGGCUUUUGAAACAUGGCAAACAAGAAGAAGCUAAAAGGAUAGUUGCAAAUAUUGCGAAGAAGAACAAAGUACAAAUAGAUCCACAAAUACUUGAUGAGGUCAAUAUCGAAAAGGAAGAGGUAUUACAAGAACCAUUCUGGAAUCUUUUGAAGUCUUCUGUGAUGAGGCGUCGAAUGAUGAUCAUCUGCUAUAAUUGGUUUGCAGUUGGAAUGGGCUUCUAUGGCCUUAGUAUGAACGUCACCAAUCUCUCCGGUAACAUCUACAUCAACUUCCUCUUGUUCGUUAUCGCAGAAGCAGUUGCCUACAUUUCCUGUUUUUUCCUGAUGGAUCGUAUUGGCCGCAAGCUGCUGUUGUGUAUAUCUCUGUUGCUAACAGGGGCAGCUUGCAUUUUUCCUUUGAUUCCAGUGCUAGCUUCAGAUACACCGGAGAAAUGGGCCAUUAACCUCCUCGCCAUUAUAGGAAACAUGUGUGCCUCUGCUGCCAUGUGUGCCGUCUACACCUUCACAGCUGAACUCAUGCCAACCACAUCAAGGACAUUUGGCAUGUCAAUGAGUUCCGUCUGCUGUAGAGUUGGAAGUAUACUUUCCCCCUACAUUGUUGGCUUGGCAAGUUUUACCAAAUCUUUGCUUUUGCAGGUUUUACAUGUUUCGUUUUAACUGAGAUAACUGAAUUAAAUGAAUUGAUAAAUGAAUUUUGGACUUUAUGAUCACCUUAAGAUUUUAUACUUUGAUUUCCGUUAUCAUAUGAAAUAGAUGACAUACAAAUAACCCCUACAUUUCAGACGAUGUACAUAUCAGGACGUUUCGGACAGAUUCUCCCCAUGCUGGUGUUCGGGGCUAUCGCCAUCAUAGCGGCCCUUCUGGGUCUGCUUCUUCCGGAAACGCUGAACAAAAAGCUACCGGAAACCACCAAGGAAGCUGAGAUGCUCGGGACGAACGUGUACAACGAAGAAGUUGCAGAUGCAUCUCCUGUACGAGCUGAGCUGCUUCCACUGGAAUCUGAGUCCGAGACGAAAGAAGGCAAAGCUGAAGAUUCUAACAAUGUCCUACUUGUGUGAAACAAUUCUCUGGAAAUAUUCACAUGUCAUGAAUAUAAAAAAAAAUCCAAUUAGGAGAUAUGUGAAGAGAGUUUCAAGUGUCCAAAAUUGCUCAUUAAGCGUCAGCGAAUUCCUGCAGUUUCCAAUUUUAUAUUAUUGAUUCUCUCACUAUGUUUUGUCAGUUUUACUCAUCUUUCUCGUUACAUGUAUUAUAAUUCAACCUCAAUUCAAGUCAUGUUUCUGAAAAAAAAUAUUCUAGUUGUAAACUAGAUCAUAUUUUCCGCCACACAACUUUCUGGGGUCGGAAGUGGGAUGACACAGAUGAUGUUGGAAAUUCCCAGAGGGAUCAACCAGAGUGACAGCCUGUGUUUCAGACACUGCAAACACGAAAACGUCGGGUUUUU